AUGGAAGAGUGGUCCGUGGACUUCAUCAACCUGCGCUGCCGGCAGCUAUUGCACGGGAAAGUGGAGUGCGAGCUAUCGGAGAGCAAGGGACGGAUCUUGAGGGCCAAGUGCUUCUUCAAGAGAGGAGACCUACUUUUCGAGGAACCUCCGCUACAUAUUGUGCAGGUGGAUGAGGGCAACGAGGCUUUCAAGUUGGUGAGGCAGAUCUGUGAGAAGCGCGAUGAUGUAGCCUACAACCCUCUGUGGUACUGGGCAGCUUUUUCUUCGCUGACAGCGGACGAUCUAAGAACACCUCCAAAGGUGGGGCGUCUGAAACCAGUGUCGAGAGACCAACAAAAGCAGCUCCUGUGCCUUUAUCAUGAGCCUGUCUCCGAAGCCAGCGCCGCCGUGGAGAGCAUGGUAACGGAGCUGGGGCUGGCGGUGUCUCCGGUGAAGGUGGAGGAGCUCCUAAGGCUUUGGAUUCUGAAUUGCUUUGAGCACUCGGAGAGCCCCGAGGGAUACUCCGCCUACUUUGUCUCUUCCUUCAUGUCACAUUCUUGCAAGCCAAAUGCCAUUUGGCACGAGGGCGCUGAUGCGCUUCAUGUGGUUCGAGCCCGCAUGGACAUUUCCGUCGGCGACGAGGUUUGCAUCUCGUAUCUUUCGGAGGACGCACUGAUGUUCAGUGCAUCUCACCGGAAGAGAUCUCUCCGGAAAACGAAGCUUUUCCUCUGCACUUGUGAGCGCUGCGAUGAGCGAGCUGCCUCGGGUGCAGAGCCUGUUGACCUGUGCCGAGGGUUCCGCUGCCCGCACUGUGGGAGCCACAUUUUCCCGCCGUUGAACGGGGCCCUCCGUGCAGAGGACCUUGCUGGGAUGUGCUGCUCUGCGUGCACCCGGGCCGUCGGCGAGCAUGCUGCUGGCUUGCUCGAGACGGAGAAGCAACUGCGACUGCGGCUGCAGCUGCUGGACCAGGCUUGCGGCACCAAGCCGCUGGAAGAGCUCCUCACCGAAGCAGAUGCAAGGCAGCUGGAAGAAGUGGCUGGGGACCAGGCCUCGUCCGCCCUGGGGCCGCAGCAUUGGCUCUGCGAGCGCCUGGGUACCUACAUGGUUCCCUGGUACGACUCGCAAGGCCAGAUGGAUGAGGCUCUGAAGUGGAUGGAGCGCCGCCUUCGCUGUCAGCGACACAUGUUCCCGUGGCCGAAUGCAUCCCGUGCUUGGACAAUGCAGAAGUGCUCUCGAUUGCUGAUUCGCAGAUACAAGUCGAUGUGUGACCGGCAGCAUCCUAGCAAGAGGGAUGAUGUCUGGAUGCAGCGCCGCUUACUGGCACGGGCGGCCUUCCUUCAAGAGGAAGCGGUGCAGAAUCUGCGUGUGCUCUUCGGGGAGUCACACAGGCCGGCUAAUUACCUUCUUGAGGCAGCCAGCGUGUGUCUGGUCUUCUGGAUCGUGGAAGAUUGCGGCUUCGAAGCGGGUCGAAUGUUUCCAGAGCGUCUUCUGCCUAAGCAAUUUCAGCACUUUCCGCCUGCGGACGAAAACAAGUUCAAGUACCUCUGCCUCACAUCACACAUCUCCGAGCGUGGAGCGAGCUCAGACGACACAGACGUACAAGAAGAGCCUCACGAAGCUGUUCGACUCGAAAAAGCAGUUCGACUCUUCCUCAAAUAUCUCGCGCAGAACGGACGGAGAAAGACUCGAGACACCUUCGCCAAUGCCCCACCACAAGUUCUGAUGGAGGCGUCUCUUGGCAAGCCGAUGCGCAUGAGACUGAAGAGCAUUUCGAAGAUCUCCAAGAAGGGAGUGGCCGAGAUCUUGAAUGCCGAGUCGUCAGAGACCCGACAGCGCUGGCGGAAAAUGGCUGGACGGAUCGCUCCCUAUCCCACUGAGGUCAUUGACGAAAAGGAAGUCAUCGCGGACUUCUACGGGGGAGAAACUCAGCACGGCUUGGAACUGCGGCUUCACUCCGGAGGCUCCGUUGCCUGGGGUGGGCUUUUCGCUGCCUUCCCUUUGGGUUCAGUCCACCAGCGAAGUGACAGAAGAGCCCUGGAUCUGGUACAUCGGUCGCUGGCGCGCUUCUUCAAGCAAUGGCCUGGUGGCAAGCAGGGAAACAGUUUCCCUCACGUCUUCUCAGCAGCUGCAAGGGUGGGAUGGAGAACGGAAGCGGGGAGCUUGUUGCGGGAUUGGGAGGCAUAUCUCACCAACACGUCGGAUCCGAAAUGUGGCCUUUACAGUAACGGCAUGGUGCUGGGCUGUGGCGGCACGGGCCUGGAAAAUGUGGGUGGCGCAGCUUUUGCCACAGAGCUACUUCUGCAGAUGCCUGAAGGCGUGCUUCAGGUUUUCCCGUCCUUGCCACUUGGCAUGGCGGCUUCUUUCCACCUCCGCGCUCCGGGGCCUGUGAUGGUAAGGGCCAGUCGGACGGCCUCAGGAUUUGUGACCGAGUUCAAUAUGCAGCUUCCUGUGCUCGAGGCAGAGCUAGAUAUGGGUCCUACGGUGGUGCGAACGGACUUCCUGGUGCAAUCACCAUGGCCAGAUUCAGACAUUCUGGUGGAUGGUCAGGUUGCAGAAGUCCGCGGAAAAUCUCCGAGCCUAGUCUUUUGGCAAGACAGCAAUGUCAAGCUCAGCUUUGCCAUCGCCUUUCUCUUGUCUUUGCUCGACGACCCAGCUGCACCCCAGAAGCAGACGUUCAGUUCAGCGAUGGAGCUUCUGGAGUCAGACAGCGUGACGGAGUCAAAGCAUCUGGGCCCGAUGAGCCCGGUGUCCGUCAGCACGGAAGCUGUGUCACCGGAUGCACCGAGCUCCGCUGACACUCCCGACAGGAGAUGCUGUUCUCCCACUCGGCUUCCAGUUCCUUGGCUGGAUGCCGAGGUGCUCGAGAGUGCUGCGACGUUCGCACAUUUGCCCGUUCCUCGAGAGAGGAGCGGCAUCGGAGGUCUUGAUCCCCCUUCGGACUCGCUUCCGACUGUGCUGGGGCGGGUGGGUGCUGUUCGCGAAACUUCAAAGUCAUCCAGCAAGAGUGUGGCAAUGCAGUACAAUUUCGCACCAAGCUCACCGCACUCAAUCCUAACGGUGCCGGCUCCUUCCUACAUGGCUCGGGCAUGGCGAAGAGAACAAGGCGGUGGUUGUGAGGCUGCAAUUUCGAACGCCUCGGGUGAAACGCACUUCGGCGUCCGGAAGUGGAGCAUCGGGGUCAGGACUUUGCUGCAGUUGGGCGACAGUCACUUUGCAGAUUGGCUGUCGUUCUUGGCCCUGACUACCAUGGUGCUUGUCGUCACAGCGCUUUACGCCGUGGUCAUGGCACCGAGGGACCACGAGGCAACCAUUGCAUGGCGUCGGGAGAACCCAUCAGUGCAUGUGGACAAACUUGGCUGCGAUGCGGUCGACCACAUUGGCUUCUACCUGAUCUUGUGCGUGGCAACAUUUGCAGGUGUUGCAGCUUGCCUCAUGUUUCGCAAUGCUGGUGGUUCGGCGCACAUCCUGUCGGCUUCAGGCCUGGCUCUGCUGAGUUGGUUUCAGGGCCUGGUGGCGACCGUUCUGCCCGCUCAUGAGCGAGCCAAGAGCGGUUGCGCCUAUGGGACGAUGCAGAAAAUCUUCGCACCGCAGGAGCUGAGCAGCUACGACAGGGCCGAUUAUUACAAGGACUACUACGGAGUUAUCAUCGUUCGCACACUCUUGUUCCUCGCCACCUUGAUUUGGAUGCAGCACCUCAUGGUCUGGCGAGUGCAGGCAGUGGAGGCCACAUCACGUCGCUUCUUCGGCGGAAGGUGCCUUGCCGUCGGCAUAGCCGUGCAGAAAAUUGCGGCAACGGUUGCUCUUGCCGUGAGCAUCUGGACCUAUACAUCGAUUGGCGCAUCUCAGACAAGCUCAGAUGAGCCAUUUGGUGCGGAGGUUGCAGAAAGCGCGAUUACCGCGCAUGUCAAGUUUUGGAAUAAUUGCGUGGAGUGUGAGCCUUACACCGGCCUCAUGGCGCUUCAGCUCGUCCUUGGGGGCAUGAACUUCCUUCUCUUCGUGGCCACCGGCGUCACGGUCAUCAUCAUCAUGUCGGUGAUCCUUUGGGACCUUGGCCAGGCUGUGCGCGUCACCAACGACUUCACUUCCACCUACCCUCGAGCGAGGCGUGCUGGUCAGCAGCUGCGGCGGGCACGGGCCGUGGUCCGAUGGCAGCUCUUCGGUGUCAUACUGCAUCUGGUGGCAAGCUCCGCCCUACUCCCCGUCGCUUUGGAGAAGCUCUUGGACGGUCGGGGCUACCGAAGUGAGCCGGACCUGGCCAUCAGCUGUUCCUUCCAGGCCAUGGAAUUGCUUACUUGCGUGUCCGCGGCCCUCAUCCUGUCCGGCGGCUACCGGCGACCAAUCCGGCACCGGUCGCGCGCUGAUCAGCCAUGCAGCUGGCAGUUUGCCACCGCAGACUCGGCCGACUCCAUGUCAAUGCGCCGUGAGAAGACCGCCAGCCGAGAGCUCAGCUUCGAGCGAUCGUCGACAGCUUGGAACAUGAAGGUGGCUGAGAUCGCUGGGCGUGGCAUCACCGUGAAAGAGCUACUGGGAUUCUACAGAGAUUUGCGGGAUGUGAUGCCACACUACAAAGCAAGCGUGCAUACCACUGGUGAUGUUGUGCGCCACGCCAUUAUUCCCAUGACGAAAGAGUCUCGCAGCUCGUAUGUGCAGGCUUUUGAAGGUGCUGGAAGAAGUGGUCGGCCCCAAAAGAUGGUAACGUAUUACCACAUUGAGGGUACGGAGAAGAAGGAUCCGGCUGUGGCCGCUCCCGGCGGCAGUGAUCUGGACAAGGUUGGCUUUGACGCAAAGCGCUACUUUGACGGUCUGGUUUCUUCCGGCCAGCUGCCCGAGCUCGUCAAGCGCGCCAACGAGCUGGACGCUGAGAUCAAGGAUCUGGAUGGCGACAUGCAGAUGCUAGUUUACGAGAACUACAGCAAGUUCAUCCGAGCAACAGAUGUGAUAAAGCAGAUGAAAUUCACGAUAGAAGGGCUGGACCCUGACUUGAAAGUGCUUGAAGGCAAUGUCUCCAGGAUAACAGAACACCAGAAGAAGGUUGAAGAUGGGACAUCAGGUAGAGCCGGCCGGAUCGAGGACCUGCUGAAGCAGCAGCGCGUGUGUCGGAAGCUCCAGGUGCUCUUUGAGCUUCCUGCAACACUCCAGAAGUGCCUCGACCGAAAGGCCUAUGGAGAAGCAGUGGAGGCAUAUUGCUGCUGUUCAGGCUUCCUUCGUCAAUACAGGCACAUGCCCACCUUUCAGAAGGUCCUAGAGGAGGUGGAACUUCAGAUGGGUCGCAUCCGUGUCGCCCUAGAAGACCGCUUGCGUUCUCCGGAGCUCUCUGUCGAGGAAGCCGUCAACAGCUCUGUAACGCUGUUGGACCUUGGGGAGGACCAGGUCAAAGUUUCCAGCGAAUAUCUGACUGGAAGGACGGGCGCUCUUCGAAGCCGCCUGGCGGCUUGUUUCGAUCCACUUGAAGAUGCUCCAGGACCCGAGCCCGGCGAUGAAGAGCUCUCCAAGGAUCAGGAAGAGCUCCGACGACCUGAGAGCAUGGCCUUGCACGGUGCGUGCAGGCGAGCGACAGAGACCUACGUCCCGAUGCUUUGCGAUGCUGUCGAGGGUUUCCAGAAGUUGCUGGAGGUUCGCUCCGGAUCUGCAUCUGCAGUUGACGAGAAUGUGCUUCCGGAAUUCGUGAGCGCCAGAAUUGAAGAUCUGUGCGAGCGUAUCACGCAGCUGGUGGACAAAAAAUGUCCACCUACGCGGGUACUCGUUUCUUGCAUCCACUCCGUGCGAGACUCCUUGAGGCGGCUGCACUCGCUGCUGCCUGCUUUGCUGACGCGGCUCUUCCGAGCAUUCCUUGGCCGGACGGCCAUGGACGCUAUGAAAGCACUGUUUGCAACAGCCUGCUCGGCAAUGCUGACAGAGAUGUGUAAGCUGCACCAGGAAUGCAAGAAGCUGGGCGAGUCCAGCAGUUCUGGCUUGGACGACGUGUUGGAAGAGAUAGCGAAGACCGAGCAGUCGGUAAUCAUGCAUGGGUUCACGUCUUUGACGGAGUGCCAACCACUUCAGAGCCUCCUUGGCCCCGACAAGGUGGCUAGCCAGCAACUCAUCAGGGGACUCCACUCACAGCUUACGGCGUUCUUUACGACCUUCACAGAAGUCUGCCGCACAUAUGUGGGGAGCGACAUCGGUGAAGCUCUGCUGCCGUUGCCAAUGGCAAAAGAGAUGAAGCAGGUGGCUGAUCUCGAAUGGUGCGGUUUGUUUGCAUUGGCUUUGGUGCGGGUGGGCCGGCACCUGGAGGUCAAGGCCAUCAACAAGGUCUGGGGCGUUGCCAAGGACCUUUUCGAGGGCGCAGAGGCUACAGCAGCUGAGCUCCAGCCAAAUGCAGUGGUGCUGAAGUCGACGCGCAGUGCGGCUCAAGCAGUCAUCACGCAAUAUGCGACCAUGAGUGGGCAACGGCUGGCCCACUUCUUCCGAAAUUCUGUGCAGAGUCGCAACUGGAUGACGGUGCGCGAACCACAAGAGCCACGGAAGGUCGUGGAGAUGGUGCUUCGAGAGGUGCACGCCUUUGAUGCGCAGCUGGCGCGGCUGCUGGGUGAUCCCAGGAAGCCCAAGACAGGCGACCACCGAAGGAAUCUGUCCCGCUUCAAGAACUCCAUGGAGCUGGAAGUCGAGCGUCUCUGGGCCAAGAAGCUCCAGGUCUUUGCUCCGAUCCCCUUCAACAGGAACGGUGCGAUUGUCGGUAUACUGCGGAUUGCCUUCAAGGCCUUCUUCGAGUACGUAAGGGAGGAGACCUUCGGGAAAUAUGGCCUCCAACAAAUCCAGCUCGACUGUGCCUUUAUUGCAGAGAUGGUCAGAGACUUCGUCGAGAACGAUGACGCAAGUGUUCUGGACAGCUUGUUGGACGAAGUCGUUGCUUCUGCCCAGCUGCGCUGCGUCGAACCUGUGGCCAUGGACACGUCAGUGGUGGAAGCACGCUGUGAGGAACAGAAGAAGAAGUUCAGCUGCGUGCAGAAAGAGCUUGAUGUCUCAGUGCAGCACUGGUGGGGGAAUCGCUUUGUGGAUCUAUGUGCCGCUGUCGUGGCGGAUGCGUUGGAGGAAUCCAGCUACGGUCUGGUUUCACGCUUGCUCCAGAAGGAUGUGGAUAUCAUCGAGCGCAUUUUGGAGAAAUGCGGGCGGCUCCACGACUGCUACUGGAUUUGUGCCUUUUGUGUAAAUCAACAUGCUAGCAUUUGUGAUUGCAAUCAUCAUGCCAGAGAUUCUCUGACCGCCCAGCGAUAUCCUGUUUGUGAUUGCGGACUUCCCAAGUAUUACGAAGGUGACGAGUGCGAGAUGAACAAGUUUGAUGAAAUGAUGGCUUUCUUGGCAGCCAGAGACCCGAACUUCUGCCAAGUGGUGGCGGUGGAUGCCGAGUUCGGAGUGUUCGGCAGGGCGUGGUGUAUGGCAGAGAUGGCUCAGGCCAGCAAAUUGGGGAUUCGAACGCAUUUGAAGCUGCGCGACAAGGAAGGCCUUGUGCGUACCGGUGCAAAGCUGCGAGACCUCGAUGUGCGUGAAAUGGAGGCUUCUCGCGAGGAGGACGUGGUGCAUAUUCUGGCGAAAAUUCCGGACACCGAUGCCUUCAACGCAUCCCUGCAGAGCUUGAUCUUUGACAGCCGUUCUGGGCUUCUUGCAGCAUGGCGCGAUCUGGAUUCCUCCCGGCAGAUGGGUGAAGCAGGUCGCCUUCUUUUCUGGAUUUCUGCUGACUCCUCGUCUACUGGAGUGGUGUGGAAGUGCUGGGAAUUUUGA